UGUGCAUAACAGGCUACUGGAUUGGUGCCUGAAUCCUGACCACCCCUGGCCUGGCCCACCUUCACUCUUCCCGGAAUCUCUACUUCCUUUUUGGUGUCUGAAGGUGUAUUGACUGAUUUGUGGAGGGCAGAAGACUUUGGAACAAAAAACUGAAUUUGCUUGGGGAUCUGUGAGCAUAGAAACCUCAGCAGUGAAGACAAGAAGGAUCAGGGAACAGCUGCUAUGGCUUCAGGACUCCUGGUGAAUUUAAAGGAGGAGGUGACCUGCCCCAUCUGCCUGGACCUCUUGACAGAACCCCUGAGCCUAGACUGUGGCCACAGCUUCUGCCAAGCCUGCAUCACUGCAAACCACAAGAAGUCCAUAACAGACCAAGAAGGGGAGAGCAGCUGCCCUGUGUGCCGAAUCACUUACCAGCUUGGCAACCUGCGGCCCAAUCGUCAUGUGGCCCACAUAGUGGAGAGGCUCAAGGAGGUCAUGUUGAACCCAGAGGAGAAUCAGAAGAUAGAUCACUGUGCACGCCAUGGAGAGAAACUCCUACUUUUCUGUAAGGAAGAUGGGAAGGUCAUUUGCUGGCUUUGUGAGCGGUGUCAGGAGCACCGUCAUCAUCACACGUUCCUCAUAGAGGAGGUUGCCCAGCAGUACCAAGAGACGCUCAAGGCAGCUCUGGAGAAGCAGAUGAAGGAGCAACAGGAAGCUAAGAACUUGAAAGCUAACAUUGAAAAACAGAGAACUUCCUGGAAGAAUCAAAUACAGUGUGACAGACAAAACAUCCAGGUACAGUUUGACAAACUGAGAGAUAUCCUUCGCUCUGAGGAGAACAAUGAACUGAAAAAGCUGAAGAAAGAGGAGGAAGAUAUUCUAAAUAGUCUGGCAGAGUCUGAAAAUGAGGUGGUCCAGCACAGCCUAUUGGUGGGAGAGCUCAUCUCAGAUCUGGAGCGUCGGUUGCAGGGGCCAGCAAUAGAGAUGCUGCAGGAUGUGAAUGACAUCAUAAAAAGAAGUGAGACCUUGACCUUGAAGACACCAAAAACUUUUCCCGAGAAGCAAAGGAGAGUGUUUCAAGCUCCUGAUCUGACAGGAAUGCUGAAAACGUUUAAAGAGCUGCAAGAUGUCCAGUGCUACCGGGUUUAUGUGACAUUGGCUCCAAGCAACAAUUCAAAUGUUGUCAUUUCUCCAGAUAAGAGACAAGUGGUAUCUUUGUGCAAUCCGAGGUCUUCUGAUUGUUAUUAUGGCAUCCUGGGCUCCCCAGUUAUCACAUCAGGGAAACAUUACUGGGAGGUAGAUGUGACCCAAAAAAGUGCUUGGAUGCUGGGUGUAUGUGUUGAACAAACCCGCCAACAAAAGGUUAUGUAUGGUAAUAACUUUACAGGAAAUUAUCAACCUCAAAAUGGGUAUUGGGUUAUAGGAUUGAAGAAUAAAUUUGAAUAUAAUGCUUUUCAGGAUUCGUUCCCUUCUAAUUUCCAUUCUCCUUCUGGUCCUUUGAUCUUGACCCUCUCCCUGACUGUCCCACCUAAUCGUGUUGGCAUUUUCCUAGACUAUGCAGCUGGCACUGUCUCAUUUUUCAAUGUCACAAACCAUGGGUUUCUCAUCUAUAAGUUCUCUACACGUUUUUAUUGUCCUGUUCGUCCAUAUUUCAAUCCUAUGGCAUGUCAAGUCGCCAUGACUCUGUGCUGACCAAGCCCUUAAACCUUCUUACACGCUCAGCCACUUCUGUGCAGUGCCUCUUACCCUGGGUGCAUCUCAUACACCUGAACUCAUCUGUGCCAUUUUGACCAUCUUUUCCUUGCUGUCUCCCUUCUUUCUAUUUGAACUUCCUUUACUUAACAAUAAGAUGUACAGACUGCCUUGUGCCAUGUCCUUCCCGGUAUUUUAUUCACAUAUCAUAGCAAAUUUGAUUCAACAUUUUCCAAACUCCCAAGAAAAAAUGACUGAGCCUUCAUAAAGUAAGAUUAGUAUUGAGGUAACACCUUUGCCAAACCUUUAUAACCCAAUUCCUGACACUGACUAAGAAGAUAAAGGAAAACUUUUCAACAACCUCUCCAUAUUAUUGUGUAGGAGUCACUAACUAAAGAAUUAUCUCUUGGCAGU